AUUGAAGGCAGAAAGAGUAUAGCAACUAUCAAGGGGAUUAGGUUAUCAUUACGUCUUCUAAAAACACUAAUGGCGCCAACCUCCACCGUUUCAUCACCAACCUCACCUUCACUCUGUUCCACCCCCAACCCACCCUGCGACCUACAUCCGCCAAUCCUUCCGAUCGAGAUCGUGGAAGAAAUCAUAAUCAGGCUUCCGGUGAAGUUCCUCUCGCAACUCCGCUGCGUCUGCAAGUCCUGGAACGCCCUAAUUUCCGAUCCCAAAUUCGCCAGAAGGCACCUUCGCCGUCUCAACCGCCGCAUCCUCCUCGUAAGGUUCAGCGAACACCGCUCACAUAAUAUCAAUUUCAUGUCGUACCCACUCCCCUCCGUUCUCAAGGCGGCUGCGACCACCAUUGGCACACAUCAUCCGUUGAAACACCACCGUGAAUAUUCAGUCGUUGGCUCCUGCGAUGGCAUCAUCUGUUGUUGGAAGUUCAUCUGCGAAUUUGGUCUUAACUUUUUCGUAUGGAACCCUUCUACUCGGAAAUUCUGGGAAUUACCGCUUUUGGAACAAGACCUAGAGUCAUAUUCGAUUCUUACGUGCGGGUUUGGUUACGAUCAUCUCUCUCAGAGUUUCAAGGUGGUUGUGAUAUUUUUUUUCUAAAUGUUGGGCACGCGGUUGCGAAACUCUAACUCAUGUCACUCAAACUUGUGUCAUGGUUCAUACUUUGGGCUCCAAUUCUUGGAGAAAGAUUGAGGAUUUCCCUGGUGUCCCCUAUCAACGUGGUAGUGAUGGUGGGAAUUUUGUGAGUAAUGCUGUUAAUUGGUUGGCACGCGAUACGGCGGGUAUUUUUUCUCUUGAUUUGGGGAAGGAGACUUAUGAAGAAUUUUUGCAACCUGAUUAUGGAAUUGAGGUGGAUUACAAGAUCUUGGAUGUCACGAGAGAUUGUUUGUGCAUACUUGCUAAUUCAGAUUUUUGGGUUAUGAAGGAGUAUGGGAAUAGUGAGUCAUGGACUAAAUUGUUCAGUUUUUCAUCAAACUUCUUAUCUCGUGUGCCUUUAGACUGGUAUCGGUUUAGGAAGCACCACUUACUUUGUGUUCUGGAGAAUGAUGAAUCACUGGUCUACCCUGGUUGUCGGAAUGUAUAUGUUUAUAGUCACAAAAAUGACACUUUUAGGAGGUCUCGUCUUGAAAAAAAAAUUGGUUUGAUGAAACACAGGCGUCUUGUGAUUAAAGAUAUAUAUGUUGAGAUGGAGAGUUUGAUUUCACCUUGGUAGAUUAUGUGUGCUUUUGCACUUUUGGAUAACAUUCCUCGGAAUAUAUCAACUACACUUUAUGUUCA